AUGGAGGAGACAAACUUGAAUAUCCUACGGGGCGCCCUCAUCGAUCUUGGUAUUCCUGGGGUCGAGGAUGAACUCACUACCGACACGGCAUACGACCUACUCUGUGAAUGGAAGGAUGCAAAUAAAUUAGACAAUGAAGGAAUGAGGCUGAAGAAUGUAUUACACGGACAUGGACUUAUCCUUUCCUGGAAAGAGAUGUGUGUUGCUGAUCAUCUCCUGAAGGUGAUAUCCCCACAAGAGGUAGAAGGUUUCGUCGAUAGACUGACAGAAAGACAUUGCAAGAGGCUUGCUAAUGCCGUAGGAAUAACCGAUGAGAAGAAAAUUAAAACCAUCAUGGAUGAAAACAAUGAAGAUCUUGUUCUCAUUCAGUCAAUGGUCAACGACUGGAUAGACGGACAGGAAUGCUGCAACUUCGAGAAGAGAUGCAUGCUUGAUGAUGCAACCAUCAAAAUUGGCCGCCAUGAUAUGACGGAUGCAUUUGGGACAACCAGCUACCGGGUUAAAACAGGUGAUAAUCUUGAAAGACCACAUCCUGAUGCUAGGACGUUCAAUAGCAGCAGUAUAUUCGAUGAUGAUCUGGCGUCCUUGCUGAAGCAUCUUCCUACAGGUGCAAUACCUUUGUUUCUUGGGAAGCUAGGCAUCUCAGUUGACGAGGAAGGUGACGAUUUGGAGAAGCUGCGAUGUUGGAGAGACCAAAAUAUCAAAGAAUCAAAAAGAUAUUCCCUGCAGGCCCUUGUUUCGAUCCAUAGUGAUGCAUUGAACGAGGCGAAUGACAGUCAUGGUAAUUUACUUGACGUAAACGAUGAUGAACUGGAGAACGUGAUUGCAAGCAUGACCUCCAUGAAACAGCUGGAAGAACUCACCUCAAGACUCGGGAUAAAAAACGACAAAGAGCAAUCACAUAUUCUGUAUCUCACAGAAUGGAGAAAUAGAUGUAAAAUGGAUGAACGUCGUAAAACGCUGAGAGAAGCACUCAAUGCUAUGAAAUUACCAGGUUAUGACGCUAGCCUCAGUGAACUUUGCAACAUGACAACGGGGUUGUCGGAAGACGAAAUUGUAAAAUUGGUCGUCCAUCUUGGAUUGGAGAAAGAUGUUCUUUCAGUCUGUCAAGGAACAACGGGAGCAUACGACAACGUCAAACUUAUGAAGGUCUGGAAAGACCAGCUUAGACUACAGCCACUUCACUUCAGAUUCGAGCUAGCUGUGGGUCUUCGCGCUGUUGGAAGAACCACUAUUGCCAGUACGAUUCUCUCCGGCGUUUCUGGCGAUGUACCAGAUGAUGUCGUGUACACUGAUUUACACAAAACGGUACGCAAGGGAGACAGCGUUGUACUGACAUGUCGAUUUCGUGGGACACCUUUAGCUGUCUGGUGGAAGAAAGGAGAUGACCCAGAAACAUCACCAAACCUUGUUUCAUGGAUUCCAACCGAUGAUGUGACAGGAUUAUGUGAAGGUGAAAGGCCAUGUCAGAUCAUGGAGAUGAAUGCAAAUCGCUCCUUGGUGAUCAAAGAAGUCAGCAUUGCAGAACAAGGACGAUACAUCUGUAGAGUAACAAUCAAGGGGAUACUGAUACACAACUUUACGGACAUCAGUGUAUUUUCUCCUCCGAUGGAACCCUUUCCCCUUAUCGAGGAAUGUCCAGGAAUACUUCCAAACGACGCUGAACAAACCUGUAGUCUGCCAACCUUCGAUAUCAUCACUAUCACCUGCUCAGCCUCAAGCUACUUUCCAGACAUCGAUCUCUUCUUCUUACAUGGAUCCAAAAAGACAGAUGCAACAAAUAUCGAGGAAGUUGCAAACAUGGACGGGACGAAAAACAAAUCAAUAUCCAUCGUCGCUGAACCUAGCGAAAGCCCUUAUUUUUGUGUCGCUUCUGAUAUCCCGGGAUCGCAAAACCAAAGAACAGUGACCGUCACCGUGACCUUGUUAGAAUAUGCUGUUACCAUGACAUCCUCCUCUCAUCAAACCAGUUUAGCUCCGAGUCCGAGAGGAGAUGUAGCCAAAGUUGAACGGAGAUCUGAUACAGAGUCUAAGGUUUCUGAAGAACUGCUGGGUCACGUUUUAUGGAGCAUUGGUGAUGAAACAAAGAUUCACCAAUUUUUUCGUGAACUGAUCCCCGAGAAACAUGAAAAUCGAUCUAACGUGUCAGGAAAUAAAAGAAACGUUAUCAAGGAAUAUAUGGUUGUCUUGAGGGAAUGGCGUGACAGAGCACAGACUGAAAACCAAACCAUUCAAUUAAGCUUAGCUCUAGAAAGAGCUAAGUGCAAGCCGCUUGAUAGGACUUUCUUCAAGGUUCCUGAACAUCUCCUGAAGGCGAUUUCCCCACAAGAUGUAGAAGGAUUCAUCUACAGACUGACAGGAAGACAUUGCAAGAGGCUUGCUAAGGCUGUAGGAAUCACUGAUGAGAAGGUGAUUACCGCCAUCAUUUAUGAAAAUAAUGACGAUCUGUUUGACACACAAUCAAUGAUCAUUGACUGGGUUAAUGGACAGGAAUGCAGCAACUUCGAGAAGAGAUGCACGCUUGAUGAUGCCGUCAUUAAAAUUGGUCGUCAUGACAUUACAGUGAAGCGCCCAGCCUUCUUGGCUAGACAGACUUAA